AUUAAAUGCACUUGCUCGAUAAUUAUGAAGGCGGCGCUGGCUGUCGCGGUUUUGGGGUGCCUGAUGGUGCUGGCGAAGGCAACUCCCACUAUAUGGCCGGGGUCCUUGCCGACCGAAUGUGGGAAACAUCCAGUGAGUGAACCGGAUCAAGAUAACCCUGAUGAUGAACCGCAUAGACACAAACAUAAGAAGCAUAAACAUCACAAAAGGAGACCAAAGGAUGAUGACGAUGAUAAUGAUGGGAACGAUGAGAAUGAUGACAAUGAUGACAGCGAUGACAGCGAUGAUGUAAAACCGAGACAUAAACGGAAGAAGUGCAAACACUGUCAUCACCAGCACGACGGGCACGGCGAUAUUAUAUCAGGGGUUGGUCUCGGAGUAGGAGUGGUCUUCUAGUGACGAUGAGAUGAUGAGGUGAUGGAAAUAUCCUUGUAUUUCCAUCUCGUUUUUCACUUUACAACUUUUUUUUUUAUUACUU